GCAAGGGAAGGUUUCAGUAUUCCUGAUUGUGCCGUUAACGGCCAAACCCGCGCGGCCAAGAGUCUCGGGCGUCGUCGCGCCGACCAUUGAUCAAGGGAUAGCGUUGCAAUCACCGUUGAGUCAACGACAGGAGCCGAUCUCUCCGGCAGUGCCGGGGCACUUGCAUUCUUGCUUGCGCGUGCACUUCGGCAAUACGACGAUGACUCGACAGAUGGGCCUUGCCCGUGGUAGGUUCGGCCUCUCGGACAUGUCUGUUUGCCGGGCCGGGCGAGUCGAAGGAUAUUACCGGUAUAACUGAACCGUCGUACACCGGUGUGUGAUGGGGGAGUCUCAGCUGGACACCACCCUGCCUUCACGUUGUCAGAUCGGCAUUGCACGCUUGAACAGCUUGGACUUUCCACCUUUCUAUCAGAGCAAGCACCACCACACUUCCACCCACCCAUCCACCAAGCGGACACGAUGCUAGACACACAUCCCAACCCGGACCCGCCUCGCCCGCUCCGCAUCCUGAUCUCGGGCGCCGGCAUCGCCGGCCCCGCGCUGGCGCUGCACCUCGUGCGCCUGCCGCCGCCGCUGCGCUGCGACAUCACCAUCGUCGAGCGCCACCCGGACCUGCGCGCCUCGGGCCAGCAGAUCGACCUGCGGGGCCAGGGCAUCGCCGCGAUGCGCACCCUGGGCAUCGAGCCCGCCGUGCGUGCCGUCAUCGUCGACGAGCCCGGCCUUCGCUUCCUCGACGGCCGCGGCCGCACCGUCGCCUACUUCGGCAGCAACAAGACCGGCAAGGGCGCCCAGACCUUCUCCGCCGAGUGGGAGAUCAUGCGCGGCGACCUGUGCCGCGUGCUGUACGCCGCCACGAGGGACCUGGACGGCGUGCGGUACCUGUUUGGCACGACCGUGGCGGAGUUUGAGCAGGCGGAUGGGUCCGUCAAGGUGCGGUUGUCGGACGGGACGGUGGGCGAGUAUGAUCUGCUGGUCGGCUGCGACGGCAUCGGAUCGCGGAUCCGGUCCAAGAUAUGCGCGGACGGCCAGCCCGAUAUGAUCAAGCCCGUCGGCAUGGCGAUGGCCUUGUACACGAUCCCGCCCAAGGAGGGCGACCCGCCGGAGGCGACCUGGAUGAACCUGCCGGGGCGGCGGUACUUCAUGACGCGGCGGGACCGCCCGGACUGCCUACGCGUGUACAUUGGCUACGGCGGGCACAACGAGCAGCUGAAGCAGGCGCUCAAGCACGGCUCGGUGGCGCAGCAGAAGGCGGCGUGGGCCGACAUCUUCAAGCACGACAUGCACCAGUACGCGCAGGUGCCGCGGUACAUCGAGGGGCUCAGCUCGCCCGAGGCCGACGACUUCUGGACGCAGGAGCUGGUCCAAAUCAACCCCGCCUCCUGGUCCCAGGGCCGAGUCGUGCUGGUCGGCGACGCCGGCUACUGCCCUUCGCCGCUGACCGGAAUGGGCACGUCGCUGGCACUCGCCGGCGCCUACGUGCUCGCCGGGGAGAUCGCGCGGGCGUGCGGCCCCAAGGCGCGGGAGCAGGGCGUCGAGCCGCGCGACAACAUCCCCCGGGCCCUGAAGGAGUACGAGACGGUGCUGCGGCCCUUCGUGCAGCACGUCCACAGCCUGCCGGUGAGGAGAUAUGCCAAGUUCGGCGCACCAGAGAGCCGGUGGGCCAUCGCUCUCCUCCGCUGGCUCUUUUGGCUUAUCGCCACGCUGCGAAUCGACCUUCUGUUCCAGCGAUUCGCGUCCGACGACAGGGGGCCGUGGCAACUGCCCGACUAUCCCGAGCUUUCAACGCCCAAGCCAUGAGCGUUAUCGCCCAGGACACAGAGACCCAGGGAAGGUAGCGGACAGGAGUGAAGCGACGGAAGCGAGACAGAACCCAUCACUCAAUGUUGAACAUACUCACCUCAUGAUGUAUUAUGGCUUUGUGUACUAUACCCCUUGGAGAUGCCAUUUAUGGCUUCCUGUACUAUACCCCAAAAAGCGAUUCUGAUUUUUCCAUGCACAGCCCAAGGAGCCAGAGG